UGGAGCCUCGGCCUGAAGCCCUGGCUGGCUCGGCCGCUAAAAUUAGCGACUAACCCGUGUGUUUCGCCCGGCGACUCGUUUCGUGGUGUCCCUCUGUGCGAGAGUGCGUCCAUUUCCUCCAGAACUAAAUACCAACAGCCAUGUCGGACGAAGAGGAUGUCUAUUCAGAAUCCGAGGAGGAAACGCAACCAGAGCCUGAGCCUCAAAAGAAGACUGAGGCCGACGGUGGCGAUCCAGAAUUCGUGAAACGCCAAGAGGCCAAAUCAUCAGCAUUAGACGAGCAACUUAAAGAAUACAUUGCAGAAUGGAGGAAACAACGCUCCAAAGAAGAAGAAGAUCUCAAAAAAUUAAAAGAAAAACAGGCCAAACGCAAGGUUAUGCGGGCAGAAGAAGAGAAACGUAUGGCCGAAAGGAAGAAGCAAGAGGAAGAGAGGAGGCAGCGAGAGGUAGAGGAGAAGAAACAGAGAGACAUCGAGGAGAAGCGCCGGCGCCUGGAAGAGGCCGAAAAGAAACGACAGGCCAUGAUGGCCGCUUUGAAGGUAGACCAAAGCAAAAACAAAGGACCCAACUUCACCAUUGCCAAGAAAGCAGACCCUGGUAUGAGCUUAUCCUCCGCACAGUUAGAACGUAAUAAAACAAAGGAACAAAUAGAAGAAGAAAAGAAGAUUUCACUUAGUUUCAGAAUUAAACCUCUUAACCUGGAAGGUUACAGCAUCCACAAAUUACAAGCCAAAGCUACAGAACUGUGGGAAACUAUUGUCAAGUUGGAAACCGAAAAGUACGAUUUAGAAGAAAGACAAAAGAGGCAAGAUUAUGACUUGAAAGAACUGAAGGAAAGACAAAAGCAACAGCUCAGGCAUAAAGCUUUAAAGAAAGGUCUGGACCCAGAAGCUCUCACCGGUAAAUACCCUCCUAAAAUUCAAGUAGCGUCAAAAUAUGAACGUCGUGUGGAUACCCGAUCAUACGAUGACAAGAAACAGCUGUUCGAAGGCGGUUGGGAAAAUACGUAUGCAGAGUUCGUGGAGUACAAAUGGCAAGAGAAACAAGACCGAUUCGCCAAGCGAAAGAAGACCAAAUUACCGAAAUGGUUCGGCGAGCGCCCUGGCAAGAAGAAGGGAGAACCCGAGAGUCCGGAGGAAGAAGAGGUGAAGAAGGACGACGAAGAUGCCGACGCAGGCGGCGACGACGAGGAAGAAGAAGAGGGUGAGGAAGAGGAAGAGGAAGAAGCCGAGGAAGAGGAAGAAGAAGAGGAGGAAGAGGAAGAAGAGGAAGAAGAGGAGGAAGAGGAAGAAUAAACUGUGAAGUUCAACACCGACAAUGAACAACAUACGAAGAAAAUAACUCAAACCUCGUUGGACCGAUAACCAUUGAUGAGAAGAAUGCUGAAGCCCCCCACCUUUUGUAUAAACAUAAUCAGAGAAAAGACCAUUGCCAAUUCUCGUUUACUUAGUUUUAAGGAAACAAAACAAAGAGUCGUCCUAUUUUGUACAGAAUUGUUAACAUUUUAGAUAACGUCGGAAUGGAAGCGUCGGCCUCUCACCAUCCAACGGGCGUCUUCCAUGUCUGCUGACUCGGGGGGUCUGGAUUUUUACCUACUACCAGCUGUAAAUUAUUUAUUAUUUUGUUUCCUUAAAAUUCAAUAAAUGUCUAUUUAUUUAAUUUAUUUACCUAUUUAUUUAACUAUAAAAACAAUAACAACCAG